AUGAGCCGAAUUGCGCUGUUUAGCAUUUGGCUUUGCGCCUCCGGUUGCUCCAUGGACACGGAGGCCCGCGCAGACCUCUGGGAGGUGCUGCACGCCAUGGGGGCCCGCCCCAAGUCGCAGCCUUGCGACAUGGUGGGGGUGACCUGCGAGCGCGAGGGCGAAGCGUGCCACGUGGUGAUGCUGAUUCUCUCGGAUCUCCAGGGCGUGUUGCCGGAGGCUUUGGGGCGGCUGCACGCGCUGCGGAGCAUCCGGCUUUCGAAUUGCCACUUCGCAGGAGGCCUUCCCGGCGGCUUGGCCCAGCUGCGCGGCCUGCGGCGCCUGGCCUUGGACCGCUGCAACCUCACGGGCGUCGUCCCCUGGGCCAUGGGGCAGCUCCAGGAGUUGCGGAUGCUCAGUCUCCCGCACAACCACCUCAGCGGCGGUGUGCCGGAGUCCUUUGAAAACCUCCGCCACCUUACGCAUCUUGACUUGGAGAGCAACCGCCUGCGCCUGCCGCUGCCGAGAUCCAUGCGGCACCUGUCGCAGCUGCGCAGCGCCGAGCUCAGCGGCAACGAGUGGCGCGCAGCCGGCCCCGGGCCUCGGCAGGGCCAGAACUGCGCGCCCUUCCGCAAGGACCCCUGCCGCCAGUUCCGGUUUUGGGACCUCCGGGAAUGCGGGCUCUGCGUGCUGAGCGCUUCGGCAGCGGCAGUGGGCGCCUGCCUCCACGGGCUCUACGCGAAGCGCUCGUCGGAGGUGGAGUUGGAGGUGCAUCAUGCCGAAGCGCCGGCGGAGUUGAAAGCGCCCAAGGGGGCUCUGGAGAUCGCGGCAGCGGCGGUGUAUCCCACCACCUGGGGCCAAGUGGGAUACACGUGUCUGGCGGUGGUGGCACAGCUUUUCGCGCCGAUGGUGUUGGCCUGGUUCCUCAACCCUUUGCUGGUGCUCGUGCUGAUGCUGCUGCCAAGGGUGGCAUUUGUCUCAGGCGAGUUCCCUCUGCGGUUCUUCUGCGUCGGGCUGAGCUCUUUCUGCGCUCCCCGGCGCAGCGCGCUCGCGGAGCUGGCAGGAUUGGCGCUGGCCGCCGCCGCUGUUGCGGCGCUUGGGGGGCUUCAGGCGCUGAGAGCCACGCACCCGCGCCUGGGGGAGGUGCGGGCGAGCCUGCUGAGCGAGGACUCGGCUCAGGUGGCAGAGAUAGUUGGCGAUUUCCUUGUCCUGGUGCAUUUCCUCCACGCGGUCUUGUUCCUCACAGCGCUGCGCGGGCUGUUUCUCUGCUGCUUUCUGUUAAAACGCCGAACCUCCGCUGCAGCGGUCUUAGACGUGCAGAAGCUGGCGCUUGCAUUGAGCAGUCCUUCUCCAGGGACGGCGGAAGAAGAAGACGAGCGCCCGGACGGCUCUCCCGCGACCCUCUCCAUGUCCUCGGUGGCGCCGGACUUGGUGGCGAUGGAGAUGGCCGAUGGUCUGCAGAUCUUCAGAAAAAGCUCGCCGCAGCUCGUGUGCCAGGUGCGGUUGCUGCGGCCCAGGAAGAUUUACCGACACAUUUGCAUGAUUGUGGCCACCUCCUUCACGGACCUAUUGGUGGCCAUGCAAUUCCUGGAGGGGCACUUCUUCGGGUUCCUGGCCACCCGCACUUUUGUGGAUGUUCUCAAACGGAACCUCAGGGAGGAGGUGCGCCUGAGUGUGCGCCAGGGAUACUACACCGACGGGAUGGUGGCAAUGCGCAACAGCGAGCGGGGCAUCGAAGGCGGGAUCAGCGACUGA